GAUUCAACCGAAGACUUCACACAUCGAAUCUUCAUCUCUGUGGAAUCGUUUCUCCUGACUUCAAAAUAAACAAAAUGGCCGCCAUGAAGACUGCCCUGAUGCUGCUGCUCGUCGCCUUCGCCUUGAUGGUGGUGACGGAGGCCGCCGUCCGCGUCGGGCCCUGCGACCAGGUCUGCAGCCGCAUAGACGCCGAGAAGGAUGAGUGCUGCAGGGCCCAUGGUCACAGCGGAUGGAGCAGCUGUAGUGGCGGGAUGUAUUGCUACUGACACCACAGCACCACGUCCAAGCAAACAAAUACUCGCGACGACACAACUGCUAGGAAAAGAGCACUGACUGCAUCUUGAAAUGUUUAGAGUCUAAAAUUGUUAGUUGUAAGUUUUUUUUAUUUGUGGCAAAAUUAAACUUAUUUUGUCUUGA